AAAAGUCAACAACAAGCGAUUAUGAUGAUGAUGCAAAAACCAAACAGCAAAAGCAACAAAAAUCUACGAAGAAAACUAAAAAGGAUAUGCAAGCACUUGCGGCAGUUGCUGAUAGUCGUUGUAAUAGUAAUAGUAGUAGCAAUGUCAGUAGUAGUUGUAGCACUACGACUAACAGCACUAGUGGCAGUAGUAAAAAUAGAAAAAUAUCAACAAAAGAGACACAAUCACGAAAUCCCAUCAGACGUUCACAAAGUGAAAAGGCAGCCAACAACUACAGCACCAACAAUGAGAACAACGUCGACAUAUCACAAUAGCAAUAGCAACAACAACAAUAAAAAGAAGAAAGACCAACAAUUGCACCACAAUACUGCACAUGUUGAUAAUGGUGGCAGCAGUGUCAGUAACGAAAAUAUUAUUCCAAAUACCAGGAAUAGCUUAAAGGACAUAGAAAAUAUACCAAAUAAUAUAAAUGACAGCAGAAGUGCUGAUUGUGCUGGUUUGGUAACAGUUAGACGAAGUGUGGCGAGUGUAAGGGGUGGUAAUGGUAACAAAACUUCAUUGCAUUUUCAUGAUACAAUGGCAUUGCGCAACCGUUACAACCGCAACGAUACAAGGGAUUUAUUUAGUUUGGGACCUAUAGAAAGACCUAGAGAACCACCACCACCGCCUCCAUCAUCAGCGUCGUCUUCAAUGGCACAAACUCCAUCACCACUUCCAGCACCCAUGCAAUCAACUACAACUGCAGUGGAUAUGGCUAAUGCAAUGGCCACGACAACAACUCCAUUGAGUAAUUCAUUGCCUAAGGCUGUGGACUUCAAAGAGUCAACUAAAUCCUCCUCCAUUACCUUGGCAACAGAUGCAAUAGAAAGUUUUCCACAACAGCAACAAACUUUUAACGGAUUAGAGAACCGUAAACAACAGCAACAAGAACAAAAGUUGACAAUAACAACAACAACAACAACAAACAAUACGAUAUUUUGUAAAGAAAUCAAUGAAGCUACUUUAAUCGAAGACAAAACGAAAAAACAGCAACAAAUGGUUGGCACUACAAAAACCGCCACAGAAAUGACAAAUAGUGAAAAAACCACAACGGAUUUAUCAUCACAAUCAUCGUCGUCUUCCCCUUUAGAUAAAAGCCAAGAACAACAGAAAAUAUUACCAGCAGCAAACGGCAAUAAUAAACAACAGCAACGAACUGUUGUUAGAGUUGCUCCAUUUAAUAAAAAUUCCUCUGAAGUACAUCGUUUGAAAAUUUCCCACACAGAUAAUAACGAUGCUUAUCCACACUCACCUCAGACACCCAACACACCAAAUUCAACAUGCAACACUUUCACCUGCAUGCCCCACUCCUCGCCGUUUUCCAACUCUUCACACUACAGUGUUACGGAUUUGAGUACAUUAAAUGCCUCCAACGAAUAUGGCCAAAAGAAAACUUCAAUUUUAAUUAAUGGUGAUGAUUGUUAUAGCACCAUGAAUUUAAGCUGUGAUGACUCCUGUACACCACUCUAUCAAUCCUCUGUGGUGGUAACAGAUGGUUCGACCAAAACUGAUAAUGACUUACAAGGCUUAAGAGUGACAAAUACCUAUAAUACGGUAACCAUAAAUGUAAGUAGUCCUCGCAGCUCAGAGGAUGAACUAAUACAACAUCACAAUCAGUUGAAUAAUCUGUUGAAGAGACAAGCAAAGACCUCGUCAGCCGCAGGCAGUAUACGUGCUAUAAUACCUAUACGUGGCACUAUAGAUAUAAACCUGCAAAGAUCUGCUUCGUCCACCUCUUCAACAUCAACGAGUUCCAUAACAAGUUCUUGUUCUUCAGCUUCAAGUUCCAGCAAUACAGGCAACACCUCGAAGAGAGGAAAAACAUUAAUACGUUUAGACUACGAAAAGGAAAAACCUUUAGUCAACGAAUCUAAGAUCUCGUCUACCAUGAUAAAUGAACAGCUGCCAGAGGAGGUAGAUACCGAUGAAUGGUUGCCUCAUGAAACGGAGUUGCUGAAAAUCUUAAGGAAUCCCGUCGAGGCGGUAAAACGUAAUUUGGUACCUCAUAUUUGUAAACUAAGGGAAACUGAUACCCAAAAAGAUGCCAAGAGAUCAAAGAAAAUGAAGGAGAGACAUUCGGAUAUUUUGGAAACAUCUGUCACAAGUAGCAGCAGCAGUAGUAGUAAUGUUGCGGCUAGCACCUCGAAUAAAGCUACAGAUUCGUCAUCAUCAACUACUUUUAUAGGCAAACUGUUAGAAGAUCCCAUGUUACAGCAGGUGGCUGAGGGCUUAGAAACAGAUACAGUUGCUGAAUUGAUAGAGAACUCUCUCAAACGUUUGCAAGAGUCCAGAAGUUCUCUAGAUAUGACUGGUACCAAAGAUAAUGAUGAUAUGAAUCGUCUGAUUGAUCUAUCGCUAAAACGUAUACAAGAAGAGCGUAACUCUUCCAACAAGGAAGCCAACUGCAACUCGAAUUUGUUAAAUGUGCCCUCCAAGGAUGAAGAACGUUUGUCAAAUCGCGGUAGCAUAAGUUCAGCCAAUAGUUUUGCCUCGGCUCACAACUACGAAUUGUUCGACUUUGAAGCCAAUGAAUCCGAUUGCUACCAAAGUUGUUCGAGUGAUAUCAACUCUAUAAUGGAAGAAGAAAUACCAUCACCAGAAACCAAAACCAAGUUCUAUCAAAUGCUGGUAGAUGCCACUUUGCAGGAGAUUGAGCUCUCCACAAAUAUCGAAGAUAUGACCAAUGAUGAACAUCAAUAUGAAUCCAUUAGACAUAAUAUAGAUCCGAUAUAUGAAGAAAUAUCAGAUGUGCCGCCACCUUUGCCUUUAACCGCUCCUCCUCUCAAUGAUCCCGAAUUGGAAAAGAAAUCGGCCAGAUCUAUAUUCGAAGGAGCGUCCAAGUAUGAUAUACUCUCUUAUUUAGUAGAUGCCAAAGAGAGAGGUCUGGUAAAAGAAGAGCCCUUUGAUUAUCCUCUCAAUUGCUCUAACCCCAUUAUCAUAGAAGAAGAAUCCACAGACACUCUUAGCGAUUUGGGCAAAUUAAACAAACUCAAGAGAAUAGAUACCAUUAGCUCUAGAUCAUCGAUAAUGAGUGAUUCUUCAGAUGAUAACCAAAGUACCAUGAGCUCGUUGUCACCACCCACUUCAAACAACUUCAUGCUACUACGCAACAAACAAGCUACCAGUGAUAUAGAACGUAAUGAUUCUGGUGUGGGUUCAGAAACCAGUAAAUCGUCUCGUAGUAAAUUUUUAAAUCCCACCAUAUCCUCUUCUCCCUCACCCACUUCAAAUUCCUCCUCACCGAUUUCACAUCAACACUCCUCUCAGAUCCGUUCCAGUCCCAUACAUUUAUGCGAAGAUUGUGAUGGUCCCGUCGAAACUCAGAUCGGUGAAAAUGGCCAUAUUUUUGCACCCUUAGUUUGUCGUAAAUGUGGUAAAAAGCGUGUCGAACGCAAAGAAAUCAUUACCGAAGUUGUUGAGACCGAAGAGAAAUAUGGUCGUGAUCUUCAGAUUAUUUUAGAAGAAUUUUGUCAUCCCAUGUUGGUGGCCGGUCUCCUAACACAAGAGCAACUCUCUGCAAUCUUCUUGAAUACCGAAGAAUUGCUCGAGAACAAUCAAACUCUUGCCGAACGUAUGCGUGAUGCACUUGAUAUCGCUCUGGAGCAGGGUGAUGAUGACUUAUUAACUGUGAAUAUAGGUAAAAUAUUCUUGGAAUCCACACAAAUGUUGCAUGCCUUCGAAAGCUAUUGUGUGCGUCAAGCUGGCGCCAGUCUUUUGCUGGCCAAUCUUGAGAAAGAAAAGGAAUUGUUGCGCAUUUUUCUGAAAGUGUCACAAAUGGAGAAUGCCGUUUUAAGGAGAAUGAAUUUAAAUUCAUUUUUAAUGGUACCUGUUCAACGUGUCACCAAAUAUCCUUUACUUUUGGCUCGUUUAUAUAAAGUCACACCAGCACAUCUGGAAGGACGUGAUCAACUUAAGCAGGCACAAGAAAAAAUUGAAUUACACUUGAAUCAUAUCAAUCAGGAAGCAAAAGAUGUACCAACAAAACUCUGGCGUCGUAUCUCUUCAUCGAGUCCCAAUCGACGUGCUUCCUGUGAAAUUGAUAUGAUAAACAUAAAGCUACGUAAAAUGGCCAUAGAUGUGCUCGAAUGGAAUCACGAUGAAGUGCGUUUUGUCAUGGAAGGCAAAUUGCUCUACACCCAACCCACAGAUAGCAAUUGGAAAAAGGCUCGCACCAUUAAGCUGACAACAGUAAAUGCUCUACUGGUAACAAAUGGAAAGCCAAGUACCAAUUAUAAAGCAGAAAAAGUCAUGUCAGAUAAACUGAAUUUUCCCAAACAUACCGGAAUACGAGAAGCUUCAUUGUUGGUGGUCAAGGAGAAGUGCGGACGUUAUACAUUGAUACGUGAGCCAUUGUAUUUGGAUCGUUGUGUUGUAUGUAGUGAAGCAGAUUGGGAUGAAUAUUUUGAAAUACAAGAGAUUUUCAAGGAUACAUUCAUCUUUAAGGCUGAGGAUAAUGUACGUACUAAACAAUGGUAUACACAAUUACAAUAUCAUGCUCAGGGUAUGGGAGCCUGGCGUAAAAGACGUAACGCUUUAGCCAAUAUCAUGAUUAAUGGCAUGUUAACGCGCAGUUAAAGGGAUCAAAAUUCAACAACUCCCUCUCAAGAACUGCAAGCAGUUAAAAAUAGAUAAGCACGAAAAAUAAAACUUUUUAUGUAAAAUAUAAAAACGAACGAUUAAAAAAUUAUAAAAUUUAAAUAAAAUACUUAUAUAUAAAAGUUAUUUACAUUCUUUCUACAUUCUGCACUUAUACACACACGAGUGUAUUAUUUUUGUGUGCAUGUGAAGUGUGUAAAUAAAUAAAAUAUUAAUAAACUUUAUCUGUCUCUCUUCCCGUCUCUUUAAAAUAUAUGUAUGUAUGUAUGUAAUCAUACUAGUAUGUGUGUAUUUGUAGUUGUAGAUAGUUUUAGCAGUUAGUAGAAGCGGUAG